AAUGGACGAAACACCCUUCAACCAUGUCAUGAGUGUUGGCGUUGUAUAGUUUGUCCCCCAGAGGGCACUCUACACCGUCCCUGUUGGCAACACUCGUGUAUAACGCGCCACACAUCCUGCAACCUGCUGAUCCAGCCAGAGUCGGGCAGAGAGAACCAGUUAUCCGCGAGUGAGAUCAUCGGUGAAGUGUGUUCAUGGUUUAAUUACAGAUCUACCCAUCAUCUGACCACCAACGGUUUCUAUGAGUUCCUCAACUGGUUUGAUGAGAGAGCCUGGUAUCCUCUGGGGCGAAUUGUUGGAGGAACGGUCUAUCCUGGUUUGAUGGUGACCGCAGGUCUGAUUCAUUACAUCUUGAACCUUGUCCACCUGACCGUCCACAUACGGGAUGUCUGCGUAUUCCUGGCGCCCGUCUUUAGUGCUCUGACUGCGAUCGCCACCUUUCUGCUGACACGUGAGCUGUGGAAUCAGGGUGCAGGGCUUCUGUCGGCCUGCUUCAUGGCCGUCGUGCCCGGAUACAUCUCGCGCUCAGUGGCCGGAUCAUUUGAUAAUGAGGCCAUCGCCAUAUUCGCCCUGCAGUUCACCUACUUCCUGUGGGUGAAGUCGAUCAAAACCGGAUCAGUGUUCUGGACCGUCGGAUGUUGCCUCGCAUAUUUCUACAUGUACAUGCAGCAGUAA